GGCCCGUGGGUGGUGCAUUGUCUUCGGGUGUAGUGUCUCUGCAGUACGUUGCUAUUGGUCUGUGAGACAGACAGAAAAUUCCUGAACGCUCUCACGCAUCAGCCGGCGUAUCUACCGCAUGCUGCUGCUCAGCUUCAUGGAACAAGAACAAGGGUGGAUCACCGUCCGCUAACUAAAGCCCACUGUAGCUGCUGCUGUCACUUUUAGCACUGACCUAAAUUGUUGUUCUUCCUUUCUAUUGCUGCACGAUAAACUCUUCAGUUAUCUAGUGAAGAUGGCAGUUGUCGGAUUUGACGUCGGGUUCCUAAACUGCUAUGUAGCGGUAGCCAGAGCCGGGGGUAUUGAAACUGUCGCUAAUGAAUACAGCGAUAGAUGUACACCAGCAUAUGUUUCUUUUGGACCCCGGAAUCGAUCAAUUGGUGCAGCUGCAAAAAGCCAGGUCAUCACAAACUUCAAGAACACAGUCCAAGGGUUCAAGAGGUUUCAUGGCAGGGCGUUUUCAGACCCUUUUGUGCAGCGCCUCAAAAACAGCAUGGUCUAUGAUGUUGCACAAAUGCCUACAGGAACAGCAGGGAUUAAGGUGAUGUACAUGGAGGAGGAGAAGGUGUUCAGCAUUGAACAGGUCACCGCCAUGCUGCUGACUAAGCUGAAAGAGACCGCAGAGAAUGCUCUGAAGAAGCCUGUGGCUGACUGUGUAAUAUCUGUUCCCUGUUACUACACUGAUGCUGAGAGGAGAUCAGUAGUAGAUGCUGCUCAGAUUGCUGGACUUAACUGCCUGAGGCUCAUGAAUGAGACAACUGCAGUUGCACUGGCAUAUGGGAUCUAUAAACAGGAUCUGCCAGCUCCUGAGGAGAAGGCCAGGAAUGUGGUGUUUGUGGACCUGGGCCAUUCUGGAUACCAGACAUCAGUGUGUGCCUUUAACAAAGGCAAACUCAAGGUCCUUGCUACAGCUUGUGACCCAGAGUUGGGAGGAAAGGACUUUGAUGAGGCAGUGGUCAAUUAUUUCUGUGAGGAAUUUGGCAAAAAGUACAAACUUGAUGUGAAGUCGAAGCCCAGGGCUCUGGUCAGGCUCUACCAGGAGUGUGAGAAACUGAAAAAACUUAUGAGCGCCAACUCUUCAGACCUGCCACUUAACAUUGAGUGUUUCAUGAAUGACGUUGACGUCUCUGGAAAAAUGAACAGGGGCCAGUUUGAAGAAAUGUGUGCUGGCGUUUUGGCCCGAGUAGAGCCCCCGCUGCAGCGUCUGCUGGAACUUACCAAACUGAAAAAGGAUGACAUCUAUGCAGUUGAAAUAGUGGGUGGAGCUUCCAGGAUCCCAGCUGUCAAAGAGAGAAUCAGCAAAUUCUUUGGGAAGGAGAUAAGUACCACACUGAAUGCUGAUGAAGCUGUGGCCAGAGGAUGUGCUCUGCAGUGUGCAAUACUGUCCCCUGCCUUCAAAGUGCGUGAAUUCUCCAUCACAGACGUGGUUCCUUAUCCCAUCUCCUUGACGUGGCAUUCUGCUGCAGAGGAAGGGGCCAGUGAUUGCGAGGUGUUUCCUAAAAACCAUGCAGCACCUUUUUCCAAAGUGUUGACCUUCUACCGGAAAGAGCCUUUCUCUUUGGAGGCCUACUACAAUUUCCCUAAUGAGCUGCCCUAUCCUGACACCACCAUUGGUCGGUUUUUGAUCCAGAAAGUUGUCCCACAGGCAACUGGGGAGAGCUCCAAGGUGAAAGUCAAGGUGCGGGUGAAUAUUCAUGGUAUCUUCAGUGUGUCCAGUGCCUCCCUGGUUGAAGUGCAGAAGUCUGACGAGACAGAGGAACCUAUGGAAACUGAACAGGCCGGUGACAAAGACGGAGAGGUACCUCCGCCAAAUGAUGUCUCCCAGAGCACGAUGCAGACUGAUCAGGAUGAGCCGCAUGAGCAGGGAGACUGUCAGAAAGAAACAGAAGAGAAGACGCCACGUGAGAAUGAAGAGAUGGAGACAACAACAGAGGAAAACAAAGGCGAGAAGAAGUCCGACCAACCCCCACAAGCCAAAAAGGCCAAAGUUAAAACAAAAGUGCUGGAUCUCCCAAUUGAAAACAGUCCACAGUGGCAGCUAGCAGAUGACAUGCUCAAUCUUUUUGUAGAGAAUGAGGGUAAGAUGAUCAUGCAGGACAGGCUGGAGAAGGAGAGGAAUGAUGCAAAGAAUAAUGUAGAAGAGUAUGUGUAUGACAUGAGGGACAAACUUCAUGGGAUGCUGGAGAAGUUUGUCAGCGAAUCUGACCGUGAUGCUUUCACAUUAAAGCUGGAGGACACUGAAACCUGGCUGUAUGAAGAUGGAGAGGACCAACCCAAACAGGUGUACAUUGACAAACUGGCAGAGUUGAAGAAACUGGGCCAGCCCAUUCAGGAGAGGUAUACAGAGGCUGAAGAGAGACCUAAAGCUUUUGACGAAAUGGGGAAACAAAUCCAGCAGUACAUGAAAUUUAUUGAAGCAUACAAAAUGAAGGAUGAGCAGUAUGACCAUUUAGAUGAGGCAGAUGUCAUGAAAGUGGACAAAAUGGCCACUGAGACAAUGAUGUGGAUGAACAGUGCCAUGAACCAGCAGAGCAAACAGAGCUUGAUGGUGGAUCCCUCUGUCAAAGUCAAAGACAUUAAAGCGAAGACAAGGGAACUGUUCUCCUCUUGUAACCCCAUUGUGACCAAGCCCAAACCCAAGGUUGAGCUACCCAAGGAGGACACGCCUGCAGAGCAGAACGGCCCUGUCAACGCACAGGAGAAAGCCCAGGAAGAAACCGCAGACAAGGGAACAACCGAGGACACAGGCAACCCCACCUCAGACACUACAGAAAACAAGCCUGACAUGGACCUUGAUUAAAGCAGCAUUAACAGCUCCGUAAGCAAAUCUGAACAGGAGCUGGUUGCUUCAGACCUAGAUGCAGCCCAGGUGUACGUACUAUAUAGGUGAAGUGUUUCAGGAACUGCCCUCCACAAUCAGAAACGGGCAGGGUGAUUAGCACACUGAACCCAGUUCCUGGUGGUACUUCUGUCUGAUGACAUAAGCAGGCCCUCUCUUUUUCUGGAUGACAUAAAUCAAAAGCCAGCUGCAAUAAGCCUGUUUGAAAAUGAGCACUGUACACAUGGUGGUAUUUAUUUCUAUUGUGUGCUCUGUAAGUGUUCUGGUCUGUGUCACAAUGUGGUUUUAAUAAAGUUAAUGAGAAUCA